GCGGGGCGGCACGUAUGGUGCACGCCUCGCUUCAUUGUAUUGUUUUGGCCGUGUACACCAUUGUUUUAUGCAAUCCAACCGUAAUCAAUACUAUAUUUUACUGUGCCUGGCCUGUAUUUGUAUGAGUGUCGAAUCACAUUACAGCCCGAUACUUAUCUAAUAGAUAAGUACAUCGGUGGCUUAUUGACAAGUGAAACUCAAUCGUCCCAUUCAUAUAGGACGGUGUUUGUGUUUUGUUGUUGAACUAUAAAUGUGUCGUGAUCUCUGAAGAGGAGUGUAGCAUGCAAAUCAAUAAUCAAGUGUAUGCCCAGAGAGUAGCGAAGAACUCUUGCCGUGCGGUUUAUAACACGGUUGCAUAUUGAUUGGUCCAACCGGAAUCACUGGAAACAGUCGUCCUGUUAGAUUAAAUCACUGGACUGAAAACUCUUCAAAGCCGAUUAAAAUUUAUAUACACACUAGACUUCAACCUGUCUCAUGAUGCCGCGGUCAGGCGAAAGUGUUAGAUAGUUUGAUCGCCGCAACAGCAUGGGUGCAAAUAUGGGCAAGAACUCGAGCCUGCUCGACGCGCUGCCUUCCACGCAGGGAACGCUCCACGUCGUCAUGCUAGGACUGGACUCGGCGGGUAAAACUACUGCACUAUACAGACUGAAGUUUGACCAGUAUCUCAACACCGUCCCCACGAUAGGCUUUAACUGCGAAAAAGUGAAAGGCACAAUCGGUAAAUCUAAAGGUGUUAAUUUUCUCGUUUGGGAUGUCGGCGGACAAGAAAAACUCCGGCCUCUAUGGAAAUCAUACACACGAUGCACGGAUGGCAUAAUAUUUGUUCUCGAUUCUGUUGACGUCGAGAGAAUGGAAGAGGCUAAAAUGGAGUUAAUACGUACAGCAAAGUCACCAGAUAACACAGGGGUGCCUAUAUUGGUGCUGGCAAAUAAACAGGAUUUGCCUGGUGCAAAGGAACCAAGAGAACUAGAAAAGCUAUUGGGAUUGCAUGAACUCGUAUCUUCUCCGCAUGGAUCCCGAGAUGCGCACUCAUGGCACGUGCAACCAGCCUGCGCUAUUACUGGAGAAGGACUGCAUGAAGGCCUCGAAGCUCUUCAUGAAAUGAUAUUGAAGAGAAGAAAAUUGGCGAAGUUGCAAAAGAAGAGAGUGAGAUAAAGAUCCUGCCAUAGGAUCAAUUAUUUGGAUAAUCGACUAAUCUAAGACUUUCAUAACAAUGCUCAUUUUACGUGGAUAAUUCAAUAAUUUCCUCCUAUCGAACACCAAAUAUACAUGUUGUUUUUUACUGUAAGUUUAUAGUGUUUUAUGAGGAACUUUCAUCCAUUUAGUAUUGCUCAACUUUGUUUAAUAUUUCUUUUUAAAUUUUCUGAUAGAGAAUAUUUAAUGCUUAUCAAUGUGUUUAAAAAUAAUAACAGAUAUAAAAAACCUAGGCCAAUAAAACAAAUAUGGCAAUAAUUUUGGUAGCCAAUUUUAUAAAUAUCAGCUUGGAAUGAUAGAAUACUUUGGACCAAUUUUAAUUAUUGAAGAUAGAUUGAAUGUCAAAAUUAUUUUAAUUUGAAAAGGUUUAUUGAAAUUUUAAAGUUUAGCACAAAUAGAUUCAUUACCAAAUACCAAAGGAAAUUACAUAUUAGGUAGGUUAUCAUAUACACAUCAAUAUUGUCAUAAACUGCUAUAGAAGAGGAUUGUGGUCAUCUAGACAUACGGAACCCUGCUUAGCCGUGUUUUAGAUAAAAGCGUGAAAUCAUUGUUGUAACUCCGCAAAAAAAUCUUUAUAUUUAGUGUUAUAGUGGACCUCUUGUAAAUAACAAAUUGUAAAUACAUUAUAAUAGUAAUGCUCGCUUUUAAUUAUAUUCUGUACACUUAGUAGAUCUUCAUCUAUAUAUUCAUCUCCAACCAAAUCAACGACAGUUUCGAUGUAUUUCAUUACAAAUGCCAAGAACACGCUGAUUCAGCGUCACACACGCAAAAUUAAUCUUAAAACUGAUCGUGCAGAGGCUCCAGUUGAACUUCGUAUAGUACAUUGAACAUUUGCAUCACACUAUAUAUAGUCAAGAAUUUGGAAAAAGGAUUAUUUAUAAGUAACGAAUCACAUCAAACAUGUGACUCAUGAAAAGAGCAUCAGGGAUAUAACAAUAACAUUAAUAUUAGGUAUUUAUUUAUUUACUCAUAGUUAUAAAACUUAGCGUACAUUGUAUAACCAUUGUAUUAAAAAUUAUUUUACCAGAAUUUAUUUUAUCCGCCCUGUAAAUAUGUAAAUUUUAAUGUAGUUAUUUGUCAAUACCAAGAAACCAAACAUUUAUAUGAGUAGGUAAAUUGCUUUUGUUAUUAAAUUUGUUUUAAGAAAACAUUGAGGUGUUUGUAAAUGUAUUAUCUUUUAUGGCGAUACAUAAAUGUUAUUAUAAUGAAUCCCCGUAAUAAAGUCUGUUUUCAAUAAAA